AUGGAGAAAGCUGAAACAGCAGUGCUUCGAGUGGUGAAAUGGAUGAAAAGCAGGAAAUUAACACUUGCACCGGAAAAAACAGAAGCAGUGCUCCUUACUAACAAAACGAAAUUGGACCCAAUUGAAUUCGAUAUGCAAGGAGUUAAAAUAAAACCGGGAAAUUAUAUAAAGCAGCUAGGAGUAUGGAUAGAUAAAAAACUAACUUUCAAGGAACACGUAAAUAAAGUAUUAGAAAAAGCAGAGAAGACAAUGUCAGUUUUAGCCAGUCUAAUGCCAAACAUUAAAGGACCAAGUGCAUCAAAAAGAAAAAUUCUUGUUAGCGUAGUUCACUCGCAGAUUUUAUACGAUGUACCAGUUUGGGUCCGCGCAUUAAAAAUCAAAGAAUACUUAAAAAAACUAAUUAGAUUGCAAAAGGUUAUGGGAAUAAGAGUGUGUAGUGGGUAUCGAACAAUUUCUGCAUCAGCAGUCGGGGUAAUAGCUGAUAUACCGCCAAUAGAACUACUUGCCUACGAAAGAAAAGAUGUUUAUGAGUGGAAAACUAAGGAAGAAGCGAAAAGCGAAAUGUUGGCCCGAUGGCAAGAAAAGUGGGACGGAGCGCAACAUGGGCGUUGA